AUGAGCGCUAACUCUGUUUGCAAGGCAGAGCUAGAUUCAGAGUACCACGCUGAACUGGCUGACAUGGUGGCAGCCAUGGAUAUGACUGCCAAGCGGUUGUCCCCACCAAAUGGCUUCAGGUCUGGCACUUUGAGAAGCACACCUCACCGUCCUGUCCUCUCAGACAGGAAGUUGUCACUCCAGGAGCGUGGGAGCCGUGUGGCAAGGCAGCGUACCAUUGAGACCAAGCGUGUGUCCAUCACAGAUGUUGAGAACUGUGUCCAGCUCAAUCAAUACACUUUGAAACACGAGAUCGGAAAGGGUUCAUACGGAGUGGUAAAAUUGGCAUACAAUGAAGAUAUUGAGCAAUACUAUGCAAUGAAAGUAGUGUCAAAGAAGAAGUUAAUGAGGCAGUGUGGGUUUUUUUUACGCCCAGCACCAAGUUGUCAGCAUCCUAAGCCCAUGGGACCACUUGAAAGAGCGUACCAGGAGAUUGCUAUCCUGAAGAAACUGGACCAUCAUAACAUUGUAAAACUAGUUGAGGUUCUUGAUGAUCCUGAUGAAGAUGGUCUCCACAUGGCUUUCGAGCUGAUGACAAAAGGGCCAGUGAUGGAGGAGGUGCCCACUGAUAGCCCUUUAACAGAGGACCAAGCUCGGUUUUACUUCAGAGAUGUUGUAUUGGGAAUAGAAUACUUGCACUUCCAGAAGAUCAUCCACAGAGAUAUCAAGCCCUCCAACCUGUUACUUGGAGAUGAUGGCCAUGUGAAGAUUGCUGAUUUUGGUGUCAGCAACAUGUUUGAGGGAACCGAUGCCCAUCUGUCCAGCACAGCUGGAACCCCUGCCUUUAUGGCCCCGGAAAUGAUGACUGAACAUGAGCAGAGCUUCAGCGGCAAGGCCUUGGACAUAUGGGCGAUGGGAAUCACGCUAUACUGUUUUGUCUUCGGGAAGUGCCCUUUUUAUGAUGAAUUCAUUGUUACCCUGCACAACAAGAUCAAGAACAAGGAUGUGGAGUUCCCAGAAACACCAACUGUAAGUGAAGACUUGAAGGAGCUCAUUGAGAGAAUGCUGGAUAAAAACCCUGAAACAAGAAUCACCAUCCCUGAAAUCAAGGUCCAUUGUUGGGUCACAGAGAAUGGCUCUGACCCUCUUCCACUAGAGGAAGAACAUUGUACCAUGGUGGAGGUGACUGAGGAGGAAGUCCAGAACAGCAUAAAACUCAUACCCAGCCUUUCUACUGUGAUCCUGGUGAAAUCAAUGCUGAGGAAGCGCUCCUUCAGUAAUCCCUUUGAGUGUCCCAGCAGACGAGCUGAGAGGUCCAUGUCUGCUCCCGGAGGUCUUCUUACUGGCUCCUGGGGCUUGUUGGGAUCCUCCUUAUCUAAUGUGCAUCCUUCAUUGAGGAAAAUCGGUAAUGAGGGCAGCAGAGAAGGAGAAUUGGAGGACUUAUAUGAAGAUGAUGCAUUUACUGAGUCCACCUAGAAUAUCUGCCCCCACAGAAUUAGAGAAAAAGACUGCAGAGGAAACUGUUUCCUUUGUACCUCUCUUUUUGUAACAUCUCUUUUUCAUCCCUAGUUUUCUGCUUUCUCUCUGACAUGCUUGUUUUUCUACACGGAAUGAUAAGUUCAGUGCUGUACAGAGGACUCUAUGUCAUAGAUACGUAUGAUGCAUUUCAGGAGUUGACCAACUGUUUAAAGAUGGGAUGAG